UGCCCCAUCUGUCACCAACUGCGUUCCUCAUCGUGUAACCAAUUCGCAAUCAUGGUAUGGCGUUGUUCUCCUGUUGGAUGUUGUAUCGUUGAUGGCUGGGUCGACCGCUGGUGUAGUGAUCUCUCCUUGGUAUGGUGGAAACCGAACUGCAACGCCGCCGCCUUUUUCUACACAACUUACGCAACGACCAGUUCCUGCACCGAGGUCUUCAAGUGCUUCACUACUAAAGCACCGGAAUUUUAUACCAGAACUUACGCUGCCCCAAUCUACUACACUGACGCCUUGAAGUAUUACUCUGCCCCGAGUUACUACACCACCAAGGCGACGGAGCAGGACUACGCAUGCUGCCCAUUCUACCACACCGAGGCUGCCAAGUGCUACACCGAGGCUCCCGCUGAUUACUCCACCGAAGCGACAAAGUACUUCUCUGCCCUGAUCUACACAACCACAACUGAGGCGGACAAGUAUUACGCAGUCCCGAGUUGCUACCCAAAAGCAGCCCUUUCGUGCUACGUUGAACAGAAAUACUACACUGAUGGUCCAGUCUACUACACCACGACCUACGCUACACCUAGCUACAACACGGCAGCCCCCAAGUACUACACCGAAGAAGCCGCCUAUUACACAACUACGUACGCUGCCUAGUUUACUACAUCGAGGAAUUUAAGUAUUACCCUGCUCCAAACUACUACCAAACUGAGGUUCAUAUUUAUUGCAAUUCUCCCGAUUAUGUCACCACUACUCACGCUGCUCUGACCUUUACACCGAAGUUCUGAAGUAUUUCUCUGGAUUUGUUGAAAGAUUGCUGGAAUACAAAAUUGAUUGAUAAA